CAAAACCCUCGUAUACCCUCGACACACCUGCCCUCAAACUAUGGCGAAAAGGAGCAGCAGGGAGUAGCUCCCAAAUGUCUCGCCUCCUCCCGCGCCGCCACUUCUCCUCCUCUCCCCCAGCCGCCGCCUCCCUCGGUGAGCUCGCCUCCCUCCUCGCCGCCGGGCGCUUCCACCGCUCCGUGGACCUCGCCAAGUCCUUCCUCUCCUCCCAUCCCCCCGGCUCUUCCGCUGCUGAGCUCUACCGCGCCCUCGCCGCCACCCCCGCCGCCACUACCGACACCCAGGACGACCCGCGGCCCCAUGCCUUCCUCUGCGAUGCCGCCUCCGCCCUCGUAGUCGCCUCCGCGCGCCUCCGCCUCCCCGACGGCGCGCUCCACCUGCUCUCCCUUCUCGCCGGCGCGGGGGCCAACGCCGGCGUGCGCGCGCCGCUGCCUUCGCUCUCGUCAUGCAACCUUCUCCUGGAGUCCCUACUCUCCCUCAGCCGCCACGCCGACGCGCGCGCCGCGUUCGAUCUCCUCGUGGCCUCCGGGGCGCGCCCGGACACCUUCGCGUGGAACAAGGCCGUUCAGGCGUGCGUCGCCGCGGGCGACCUCGACGAGGCCGUCGGCAUGCUGCGCCGGAUGGGCCGCGACGGCGCGCCGCCCCCCGACGCGUUCUCGUACAACGUGGUCAUCGCUGGGCUGUGGAGGGCUGGGAAGGGCAGCGACGCCCUGCAGAUGUUCGAUGAAAUGACGGAGCGGGGCGUCGUGCCGAAUCGGAUCACCUACAACACAAUGAUUGAUGGGCACGUCAAGGGUGGGGACUUGGAGGCUGGUUUCAGGCUGCGGGAUCGUAUGCUGCGUGAUGGGCCAAGGCCGAAUGUGAUCACGUACAAUGUGCUCCUGUCAGGGCUGUGCCGUGCCGGAAGGAUGGGCGAUACAAGAACCUUGUUGAAUGAGAUGGCAUCACAAAGCAUGUUGCCAGAUGGUUUUACAUAUAGCAUUUUGUUUGAUGGUCUCUCAAGAACUGGAGACUCAUGGAUCAUGCUUUCCUUGUUUGGAGAGUCUUUGAAGAAGGGUGUCAUGAUUGAGGCUUACACUUGCAGUAUCUUCCUGAAUGGUCUAUGCAAAGAUGGUAAGGUUGCAAAGGCAGAACAGGUAUUGGAGAUGUUGGUACACACAGGACUGGUCCCAACAAGAGUUAUCUACAAUACUCUAAUCAAUGGUUAUUGUCAGAAUCAGGACCUUCAAGGGGCCUUCUCCAUCUUUGAGCAGAUGAAAUCACGUCACAUUAGGCCAGAUCACAUCACUUAUAAUGCACUAAUAAAUGGUUUGUGUAAGGCGGAAAUGAUCACCAAAGCAGAGGAUUUGGUGAUGGAGAUGGAGAAGGGCGGAGUGGACCCAAGUGUGGAAACUUUCAAUACACUGAUUGACGCUUAUGGCAGGGCUGGGCAACUCGAGAAAUGUCUCAUUGUUCUAUCUGAUAUGCAAGAGAAGGGGAUAAAGUCAAAUGUUGUCUCUUUUGGUUCAGUUGUCAAUGCUUUCUGCAAGAACGGAAAGAUCCCGGAAGCUGUAGCUAUCUUGGAUGAUAUGUCACAUAAAGAUGUUUUACCAAAUGCACAGGUGUACAACUCUAUCAUAGAUGCUUAUGUAGAGUCUGGUGCCACUGAGCAGGCUUUUGUUCUAGCUGAGAAGAUGAAGAGUUGUGGGGUAUCUGCAAGUAUAGUUACCUACAACUUGCUUUUGAAAGGCCUUUGCAAAAACUCACGGAUGGCUGAAGCUGAAGAAUUGAUUUACAGCUUAAGAAAACAUGGACUGACACCAGAUGUUGUCAGCUAUAAUACUCUAAUAUCAGCAUGCUGCAACAUGGGUAAUACUGAUAGAGCUUUGGAGCUUCACCAAGAAAUGCACAGGUAUGGCAUUAAACCUACACUGAGAACAUACCAUAUGCUUCUCAGUGCAUUGGGUGGUGCAGGGAGAGUACAUGAGAUGGAAAGUCUCUAUCAGCAAAUGUUGCACAAGAAUGUUGCGCCUACUGGUACCAUAUAUGGUAUCAUGGUCGAUACCUACGUGAGAUGUGGGAAUGAAUCUAAGGUAGAAGCUCUGAAGAAGGAAAUGUCAGAAAAAGGAAUAACCAUUGAUGACACAGAAAGAACUAACUGUAAGCUGGAUAGGAGUAUAGCAAUUCCAAUUUGAUUGCAUUGUUUCGAAAUGAACAUGCAGGACUGCCUUGUAUUAAUAGAGAGAAAGGAGUUUCAGAGUUAAGAGUUUAAUUGUACAGAGACAAAAAGAAAAUGGCAAUAUGGGGUUGUAGAAGAUGCUAGCAGCUAAGUGCUAGUAUAGGUUGCACUGAACUUUUUGCUCCUGCCAAGACUCAGUUCAUUACUUUGUUCUUUGAUCUUCGCUAGCUGUUUGGUUGGGCUAGUUAGAAAUACCAGGCGGAUUAGAGCGCCUAUGCCGCGCUUGUUUUUUUGUUGCACAGAGCAUGACAAAAGAAGGCCGAAAAAAUUGAGUUCACUAAUUUUGGACAUCUCAAUAUUUAUAUUUAACACAUUCAUUUAAUUAUAAAGAAAACAAUAGUACUUUCAUGCAUGCACAUAUUUUUAGUAUCUAGACGACAAUAAUACGAACCUAACAAAAUUUGUUUAAUAUUUUUUGAGUUUUAGAUAUUUUUCUUUACAUUUUAGAUUAUUUUAGCUGAUUUAUCAAUAUAACUAAUAUUCAUUUCGACACUUUUCUAGAAUUUCCCGAAAAUGAAAAUUAUAUUAUACGUAUAUGUAUUUGUAUAUAUAUGUACACAUGUGGGACCCACAUAAACAGUACCUAUAGUGGCUUGACCCCUGGUUGGUCUCCGAUUCUUGGCCCUUUAAUAUAUGUAAUAGAUUCCUCUGGUUUUGGAAAACAUGGAUGCCCUUUAAUCUUCGCUACAAGGAUGACAGCGGACACUAUUUUGAAUUUUUUGUCACUGUUGCUCAAGGACAGAGUGGAGCAUUUUUUUAGGGAAAUACAGUAGGGGAAGCACCUACUGUGGUAUAUAUUUAUGUGUAAGAGGUCAAAAGAACAGGGAACAGAGAAAAUAAAAAC